UCAGGCUGGACAACUCAUCAACUGCAUCUUUUGCUUUUCCUCAGGAUUUCUAACAUAACUAGACUUCUUUUACCAUGUGUCCAAUGUUGAGCUGCGUAUCCGUGAAUUAAAAAAGUAACACAUUUUUCAUUUGCAAAAAAUUACUUUUUAUAAAUAUAGUUAGAGAUUUGGGAAUAUGAUUUCUAAAGAACUGCCCCAGAAUCAGCCUGUAAUGGGCAGCUGACCAAACAUACUUGGUGCAUAGUGUACCUAAAGAAUCACUCCAUAACUGAAAGUGCUGUGAAAAUGAACUGAUGACUUGGAGCAACUCAGUAGUUUUUUGGCAGUUACGCAUACUUAUUUGCUGGUAGUUUCUAAAUUGGUGGGUUUUUGAAGGGGGGAAAAUCUGAAAAUUGUGUUUUUGAGCACUACAGAUGUUCUUUAUUUUUACCGUAAACAGCAUUUCCAAAUUGCUACUUACUGGAUUUUGAGAAAUUCGCAGGCCAAGAAUUUGGUGGAAAUUGUGGGGUAAAAGUCUUUUAAAACUAGAAAAAUAUUGUUUGGAAAAUUACUAAAUUUUCUGUAAAAAAAAUAUUACAUGGAAUGUAAUUAUCUUACAGUAAUAUUCUCUUAUAUAACAUUUUGCAUUCACUAUCACAUUUUACUUAAUACGAGUGUAACAAGAUAGGAAUUUUUAUGGUGUUGGUUUUACCAUUCAAAAAACUGUGUAGCUGUGAUUUUAAAUAUUAGAAAACCCAUAAAUGUUUUGUCUAAUUUUGCGUGUUUUACUGGAGCUAUUAAUAAAUUUUACUAUGGGUCUCAAAUCUUAAAAAUCAAGAAACUUAAGUAAUCUCGUUUGUAAGACAAUUAUUGUGUGCAACAACUUACAUCCUUAAAAGGUUUUUUUUUUAUGACAUACAGAAUAUAUUAUUGUAAUUGGUAUUUUUGUGAUCUGGAAAGCGAAAAACUGACUUUAAAAAUGUUAUUGUUUAGGGAAAUGUAUCUCUAUGGAUUAUUGAAAUAAAAAGGUACCUGAGCACCAUUCAGGAAGUUGUGGGAAAAAUGUAAAGUACUGGUUUUGAAGAAAACUGAGGUCUUGUUGACUGUGUUGACUUGUUAAAUUGUCAUUCCACACAAAAAUAUAAUUUCUUUCAUCCCAACAGUUUUCUUGAAAAUCAGUUUUUCAUUUUUUUCUCACAAUUUCGUAAAUGUCACUCGGACAUCGAAACAAGCACCAUACUAGAGACUGAAAUAUUUAGUAUGUGUUGUGCCGGAAAUUAGGCAUUUCGUCACUUUUUUUUAAUUUUUUUUCUAUAAUUUUAAAAUUUUUGGGAUUUCUUAUUUUUUUAAAUUUAUCUGGUUCUUAAUGGGGGUGAUUUACUUUUUGUUAGGCCGGUGUACGCUACGGAUUUAAACUUUGUGCCAGUGGACCGAAGCCCCUUCCCAGGGGGCCAAUCUGAUAUUUUGCUGUCUAAUGUGGACAUGGUCAGCCCGGUUGAAAUUUCUCUCGCCUGCAGUCACGUCCCGAGUUUGUAAUUUUAAUUCCCUGCAUGACCAAAACUGCUUUGAGCAGCUCCUGGGCUGCAAGCUGCUACCUUGUAGAGGCCUGCUGAGAAUAGCAUGUCUCGUCACGAAGCAGUCUCCAGUGGAGCUGCGUUCCCACCUUAGUGGCUAUUUCUGCCCCCCCUUCCUCUCUCUCCACCUCACUUUAGUUCUGAGAAAUCAAGCUAGGAGCAGUGACCGGACGGGACGAUGACCUGACGCAAAAACCUUCUCCCUGGUCCGACAGACACAUCCCCGACAUCUAGCGGAGGAAAAAGUAACCGCGGGCCUGGUCGCCAGCGUGCAGAGCUUACCCUCAUGACACCUGGUGGCAAGUCAGCUCACCGCCUCAAGUAGUUCCCCCUUACGCCGCUAGAAAGCAGCGUCGCUGUGCCAUAAGGCACUAUGCUUUCUUCCCGCGACCUGUAGAAGUCGAUUGUUCGUUGCCUUCGUUUCGGUCCGGUAGAGAGCGCGCAUGUCGUGUUCUUGUCACGCCCGCCUCGGACUCCUUCGGAAAUUUUCGGCUUUGAACCGAACCUCCCCCCCUCCUCCCCAGGGCUUUAGCGCCUGUUUUAAUUAGAAGCCUCGUCCGCCCUCGUGACUUAGUUCUCUGAGCUCGGCUACUGACCACGUGUUCUCGGCGUCCUCUGCGCUAAGAGGCUUUUCGCGGGAACGGCGAUUUUCGGUUGCACAAAAGAUGUAGUCAGUUACUUAAGGGAUGUGAUCCCAUUUGUACAGUAGCCAGGCAGAGGUAGUUUUUAGAAAAGUCAUGCGUAGUUAAAUUUUUUUUUAUUUAUAUUUAAUUCCAAAAAUUAUGGUUUCCUUCGCGCAUCCGCGGAUUCUCGGUGCGCGUCAUCCUGAUGUCGGCGCGAGACAUCUCGCGAGCCCUGUUUCCACACCCUGUUUGACAGGGUCGAAGUUACGGAGGGAGAAAUUGCCCCCGCAUGAUCUUCGGGACCUCCAGCUGAUCCCCCCCCCCCCCCCCCCCCCACCUUGUUAGAAGAGUUUGGCCGGCAGUCCGAGGUCAUCCUGAAAAGACCCGGGUGAUAUGAGAUAUAUAUAUAUUUUUUUACUUAAAUAGAAGGAACUAAAACAAAGAUACCAGCGAGCAGUGUUUUAAGGACGUCAUCCUCAAGAAUCUGGGAAAUCGAGGAAACUUAUAUAUAUAUAUAUGUAAUCGUUGGGAGCUAUAUUUGAAAUUUUGUUAAUGUAUUUGAUUGUUUGGUUGUAAUAUGUAUUGUUUUAAAUAAUGCCGGGGCGCCCCUUUUAAUUUUGUUAAUUACUAAGAUUUUUAUUGUCAGGUAUAAAUAAUGCGAACAUAAAAUUCCUUAAUAAUAAACUAGGAAAACCUAUAGACGAAGCUACCGAUUUUGUGUAUUUAUUUAUCAAAUACCUUCUUCAUUGUAAAAAUCCACGAACUCCCAAGUUCCUAGUGUGCAGGGAGCGUAAAUUUUGUCUUGUUCACCGUCUCGUGCCCCCUCUGGUGAUUAAGGUAAUAUUUUCUUAAUAUUUUGCCCUGCAGUUUCCAUGGACUUUUUUGAUUAAUUUAAAAUAAUAAUAAAUUUGGGCACGAGGGGCGUAUCAGUGUGUUUAAGUAACAACACAUGCAACUAGCCAUACUACAAGCCAGAUGAUGCAAGGAACGAGAUUUUUAAUAGAACUUUAACUCAAUACAAGAAAACAUGCUAAACAUUAUUAACAAAAAAUACAGCAAUAAAAGUAAAAGUUUUCUGUUAAAGCUAAACUAUGGGCAAAGAUAUAUGGAUGACUAUACAAUAAUGCCCAAUCAAUCAGAGGGGGUUUUUAAACAGGGGAAACCUUACUUUGACUUUACAAAUUACACAUCAACUACUAAGCAAAGGUUAAAAACAAACUAUUGAUAGUGGAAGACUAUAUAGCAAGGAAUGAAAUUCCUAAAAUAUUGAUUUCGCUGGUACCUCCAGGAGGAAAUUGUGGAGAUUUAUGGCAAUCGUAAGCAACCAAAAAGUACAAGUUAUCCAAACAUAAUUUUGAGAGUGGCGGCUGUGUCAUAAAAUUUAGACUAAAAAUAGUCUAAGUAAGACAUAUAUAGGCCUACUGAAGGUGUGGCCAAGACAGACCAUCAGAGAAAUUCUUAAGUUAAUAACUUGCUGUGACUCACCCGAAGAACCUUGCUGCGACACUCGUUGUGGUAUUAAGCUUCUGUUGUGGGUAACCAAGUGCAGGCUGAGAUAGUUAAGGACGCUGUAUUGUCGUGGUGUAUGUGUGUAAGUGAGGCGGGAUGAUUAGCGCGACACUCACUGGUAUUUCUAGCAUGUUCUAGCCUGUAAGUGCAAGGCUGUGAACUGGCGGUCAGUCUUCUCGUCGUCACACUAUAACUGUGAAAUUGGAGCGGUUACCAUAACUUUAUAUGGCGGAGAAAUGAAGAUAAAGGUGUAAUGUAAGUCCCCUAAGAACUUUCAAGAAUCUGUACUAGUUGUUUUACACCUGAAAAAUUUACUCUGAAAACAUGCCUUUUAACUAUUUUCACUCUUCUAAAAAAAAAAAACAGUUUAAAAAUUUAAUCUGAAAUCAAAAGUACUUUUUGACCCUCAGAGAAUUCUUAAAAGCAUUUGUAAACAGACCCCACUCAGAUAUCUUGAGUAGUUUUGAAAUCACGUUAUUUUUUCUGAAGCUCUGCGCACCAUGUGUGUGCCCGGGCAGACGGCGCCCUUAAGACCUCGGCGUAUAUAGCAAAAAAUCACACUCGUGCGCAUGUACAAAAUUCAGGGGAGGGGUUGUAGGGGGAGGAAUAGAAGGGAAGCAAGGUAGAGUGGAGAUGGAGUGGAAGAGGAAGCAGAGGCGUAGACCGAGGCACCGGACCAUUAUCCUAAUGUGGCUCAGCUCAAUGCUACAUAACCAUUCUUCUAUUUAUAUUUAUGUAGCCUAUAUGUAUUUCAUAAAUUUUUGUUUUACAGUAGCAAUAUAAUGGCAGCACUUAUUUUGCUACUGCUAAUUUAAACACCUGUAAUAAAUUCAUGGUCGUCUAGAUUAGGAACAGGUGUCUUUUGGCAAGUAGAGCAUUGAAGGAGCUGUGUUUUCAUUCCUUUCUCUCUCUCUUUCUUUCCCUUUCUCUCUCUGUAUGUGUGAUAGAGCGUGUAUGUGUGUGUAAGAGAGCGAGUGUGUGAGUGAUAGAGAGAGUGAGUGCGCACACACGCGUGUUUUAUCUUUGUAUGUUCAGGUGGCAAGGUAAGCCAAACCACUUGUCUUGUUAUCUGUGCUAUUUCUUGCUCACCCGUUCACUUGUCAUGUUUAUACACACUUUGGUGUUUGUAUGUUAAAGGUGUGGGAAGGUGUUAUUCUGUCGCAUGCGAGGAAGUUUCGAGUGUGUGCGCCCUGAGUGUUUGAACAAAAGAAUGCUGCAGCAUCUAAAUGUGAAGACGAUGGAGAGGCGAAUCAAGCUGAAGACGCUGAACAACCACAUAACCUGCCAGAUAUGCCGUGGCUACCUCAUAGAUGCCACGACGGUCACCGAGUGCCUGCACACUUUCUGCAAGUCGUGCCUGGUGAAGCACCUGGAGGAGAACAACACGUGCCCCACCUGCCAGAUCGUGAUCCACCAGUCGCACCCCCUGCAGUACAUCAGCUACGACCGCACCAUGCAGGACAUUGUGUACAAGCUGGUGCCGGACCUGCAGCAGAAGGAAAUGAAGCGUGAGCGUGAGUUCUACCGGCUGAGAGGUGAGACGUGCCCCAAGGACUUCCCACCCACAGCGUGCGAGGCGGAAGAGGAGAAGGUUCCCGCCGAUCCACACGAGGAGGACUACCAUCGCUACGACGAACAGGUGAAUGUGUUCCUCGAUACGAAGCCUGGAACAACCUUGAAGGCUCUCAACAGAAAAUAUCUUCGCCUCUCUGCCAAUACGACCAUCACCACUCUCAAGAAGUAUGUCGCCAAGCAGGUUCUUCCGAGCUGCUACGAGUAUCGAAAUAUCGACAUCCUGUGCAACAAUGAACUGCUGGGCAAGGACCACACGCUGAAGUUCGUGUACGUCACCCGGUGGAGGUUUCGAGACGGACCAAUCAAGCUCGACUACCGGCCGAAGCUGGACUUAUAGUCGAGUGCUUGUGUCCCCAGCGCAGGAGUUUGAGCCAAACUUUUAAAUGCAAAGUGUUUAUUUCCUUACGUGUGAACUUAGUGUUGAUUGGAAACUCUUCAUAUUGCUAGGGAUUACAAUUACUUUCAGCCUAAGUGAAGACGAUGUGAUAAGUUGGCUAUGACUGUUGUGAUUUGCCUUCUUUCUGAACUUUGAUGAAUUCGAUAGUGAGAAUUUGAUACAUUGAUGUGUUUGGUGUGUUGAUGUGUAUUAGAGAGUGAAAAUAUUGUUGUAAGCAAAAUACUAUUUAUCUAAAAAUAAGACUAAGGAAUGUAAAAAGAAAGAAAUCUUGUUUCUAAUUCUCCGAGGAUAUAUACAAAAUUAAAUUUCCUCCGUCAUAAAA